UGCCCGGCCAAGUUCAGCUUCCUCAGUUGCAGUGAGGCACUCAGAGGCAACCGGGUUCUGGCCGCGCAGGUGUUGGGUUCUGCAGUUCCUUUCGGUUGUGAUGGUCGCGAUGUUUUUCUCCGAGGCUGGGGCCCGGCCAUGGACGUGGGAAGCCAGCCCCUCAGAACACAAGAAAUGGGUGGAAGUAUUUAAAGCAUGCGAUGAAGAUAACAAAGGCUACCUAAGCAGAGAGGACUUUAAAGUUGCUGUCUUAAUGCUGUUUGGGUACAAGCCCUCCAAGAUUGAAGCUGAUUUCACGAUGUCUUCGGUAAAUCCAAAUGCUUCCGGUAUAUUGCUUGAGGAGUUUUUAAGUAUUGUUAGAAAAAAGAAGGAAGUUCGACUCCAUUGGAAUGAAAUAAGACACAUCUUCACAGCUUUUGACAGGCACUAUCGUGGGUAUUUAACUUUGGAAGAUUUCAAGAAAGCAUUUAAGCAGGUGGCUCCCAAGUUAUCAGAAAGGACUGUUCUGGACGUAUUCAGGCAUUAUCAAUGUAAGAAAAAAGGUAGGCUUCAAGUUUGCCUUCAAGGAAGUAGAUCAAGACUCAGAUGGUCUUGUCAGCUUUAGAGACUUUGAAUAUGCCAUGAACUAUGGACAAAAUGAAGCCCAACUAUUGUGAACUGCUUUUGGCAACCUCUGGGGAGACAAAUAGGUUGUAAUGUGUGUUUAAACGUCCAACUCCACUCCGUUAGUGAUGUAAUUAUGCUGUAUACUUGUGAUUAAACUCUCCAUCGUGGUUUUCAGAUGCUGGUAUUACUUGCAUGGCAGAAUCCUGGAGGAGGUCAUUCCACAUGGUCUUCCACUGGGGCUCAUAGCCCUGAGCCAGGCUGCUGCUGGCUGUGCCACUGGGGGUGGCCCCACACCUCCUCUUCUCUCUCAAUCCACCACUCCCACCCACACUGCAGGCUGGGGUACUCCACUCACCAGUCCUCACCACCCCACCUGCUCGCUCCGUGAUUCUCAUUGGUUCCUAAUAUCUGGAGAGAAGUUGCUUUUUCCUGCCAAUGGUACCAGUUUCCUUCUUGCAUUCAACUUUGUUUGAACAAAUAAUAGCACCUGUGUGUACUGAGUGCUUAACAAUGUUCCAAGCGAUGAACAAAAAAGCACUGGAAAAAAAAGGAUUUAAGAUUUCUCUAGGAUAAAGUACCCAGUGUCAAAAUCUUCAUUGAAAAAUGGCCUUAGGGCACUCACUAUACAAAAUUUAAAGAAACAAAUUGGGCUGGCAUGAGUAAGUCUUCUCCAGCUGGAUACAGAGAAAGAACAGCAUGUGGUAUGGAAGGAUACUGGGGGCAAAAGAUUUAUUUGGGGAACGCUUUCGGAUGGCUUGGGCCUGGGGUUCGUGUGGCUACCCAACUGUCCUCUGCUGCACACUUCCUGGUUGUGAGUGGCCCCGCCUGGACCAAGAGCCUGAGCUGUGUGUGUUCACAUUUUCCAUCUUUUGCCGGUCCGCACGUAGGGUUUGGUAAUGCUGUACCCAAACAGAAACUGUGACCUGGGACCCUCAGCACUUAUUUCAGAUAAAUGCCGGUAUCAGUGCCAAUGUUUUAUCUCUAAGUGUUCAGGAAUCGCAACAUUAACAUUAGGAAAACAUCUAAUUCAAAUUUUAGAAGUAGUAAACAUUUAAAGAUCAAAUAAAAAUAUGCAUUUGUAAAAUAGAAACCUUAAACAAGCAUCAUUCAAACAGAAAUUAUUGGCAGAUCAACUUAAAAAUAAGAUCUUAAACUGUUACAAAUCAAAGGAGCCUCAGAAGACAAAACAGUAUAAUUUGAUGUUCUUAGAAUAGAAAAAAGGACCUUAGGUAGACACUAAUAAAGAAUGGACUUUAGGGGCACCUGGGUGGCUCAGUUGGUUGAGGGUCUGCCUUCCACUCAGGUCAUGAUCCCAGGGUGUGGAAUCG